GGUAUGACGUCAUCCCCAAAUAAAUAUAUUAAUAUAAGCUUAUCUGAGAAUAAAAUAUAUCAUUACCAAAUAUUUAUCUGUGAAUUUUUUCUUAACUUUGUGCAGCUUGACAGUCAACAAUUGGAUAUAUCAUGAAUAAGGCAGAAAAAAAAAGGAAUUUACCGUUAAUACUUAUAAAGAUUUUAGCUAUAGAUAUCAAUUUGACAGAUCAGUUUGUUAAAUCAAUUGAAAGAAUAUUAGCUUUUAGGCAGCUCAAAAAUCAUUACCAAUUACUUGAGAUUUCCUGCCAUGGAUUACUUUGGAUUCCAUGUUGGUGUGCUUUUAUUUGGAUGUUUAAUAAUAAAAACUUGUAUCAAAUGCAAAUUAAUUUAUUCUUAGGUUUGCUUCUAGAUAUUGGAUUAGUUGCUAUAAUAAAAGCAAUUACUAGAAGGCGCAGACCAAUAAAACAGGAUGAAUUACUUGUUAUAGGUCCUGAUAAAUUUUCAUUUCCUUCUGGUCAUUCGUCAAGAGCAUUUUUUAUUACUUAUUUUUUCUUAAAUAAUUGGCCGGUGAAUUUUAUAUUUGUAAUACCGUUAUUAUGCUGGAGCAUAAGUGUUUGUAUUUCAAGGAUUCUAAUGAGAAGACAUUAUCUUCUUGACGUUAUCGCUGGUGCAUUAUUAGGUAUACUGGAGUCAUAUUUUAUAGGUCUUAUAUAUUUAGAAAAUGAAACUUGUACACAAUUAAUAUGGUGGAUUACUGAUGAAAAAUUAGACGGAGAUUAACAAAGUGCCACAGUAAUAAAUCUAUAUGCUGGAUAUCAGUGGAAAAUUUUGUUACAGUUAUUAAAAUUAUUACU